AUGGAGCAUACGCCUGCUCCGUACGGACCUAGAUCUAUUUAUGGAUAUGCUUUGUACAUAGGUUCAAAUAUGCUCUUUUUCUUAUUCUUGGUUUGGGCAAUAGUACCAGAUCAAAUUUUAAUUAAUUUAGGAUUAACCUAUUGGCCUUCCAAGUAUUGGGCAGUAGCGAUUCCAAUUUGGGCCUUAACUGCUCUUGCUACCUUUGCGUUUAUUAUUUACCCAGCUAUAAAUUUAUUAAUGACACCCAAUAUAGAUGAUAUUACAACUAUUAUGGACAAACAUUCGCGUCCCAAAAAAGAAACUGUUUCAGGUGGUAUACCUCCUGUCUUUGACAUUCCAAUAACUGAAGUUUGCAGAAAAUUAUAUUUACCAAAAAAGAAAUAA